UCGAAACCUCUCACGAGCUAUUAGAGUCGUUGCAGCCGGAUCGAGUGAGGAAAGGAUUGAGCCGAUGCGAAAUUGAAGCUUUUUCUUCCUUGGAUGUCUGAUCCCUUUUCUCUACUCCACACUACCUUUCUGUUCUGUUCCGCUGGCUAAUGAAAAUAGAAUGGCUUCUUCUAAACAGGGCAAAGUCUUGCUCGCCUACUCAGGCGGUCUUGACACAUCAUGCAUCCUUGCUUGGCUCAUUGAGCAGGGCUACGAAGUCGUUGCAUUCAUGGCGGACGUCGGCCAGGAAGAGGAUUUUGAAGCUGCUCGAAGCAAGGCUCUGAAGUGCGGAGCGUCUGGCUUCUUCCUUGAAGACAUGAAGAAGGAGUUCGUCGAAGAGCUCAUUUAUCCCGCCGUUCAAUGCAAUGCCAUUUACGAAAACGUCUACCUUCUCGGUACAUCCCUAGCUCGUCCAGUCAUUGCCCGUGGGAUGAUUGAGGUGGCUUUGAGGGAAAAGUGCGACUUUGUCUCUCACGGAUGCACUGGCAAAGGGAACGAUCAAGUUCGAUUCGAACUCGCAUUCUACGGUCUCGCACCCACUAUCAAAGUCGUUGCCCCAUGGCGAUUGCCAGAAUUCUACAACCGAUUUGCCGGACGAUCCGACCUCCUCGCUUACGCCGCCGAGAAGGGCAUUCCCGUCGUCCAGACCGCUGCGAAACCAUGGUCAACCGACGAGAACCUGUUCCACAUUUCUUACGAAGCUGGUAUCCUGGAGGACCCCAACACCACUCCCCCUGAUGACAUGUGGAAGCUCACCACCUCCCCUCAACGCGCACCAGAAGAGCCUGAACAAGUCCACAUCGAGUUCGCCAAGGGUCUCCCUGUCAAGGUAACCUACCCUGCUUCAGGCAAGACCGUCACGGGAUCUGUUGAAAUUUUCCUUUCUCUCAACGCUCUCGCUCGAAAGCACGGCGUUGGCCGUAUCGACAUUGUCGAGAACCGAUUCAUUGGCGUCAAAUCCCGAGGAUGUUACGAGUCUCCAGCCGGUACCAUCCUGCGAGCCGCACACAUGGACCUCGAAGGCAUGACUUUGGACCGAAACGUUCGAGCUCUCCGAGACCAAUUUAUUACCACCAGCUUUUCUCAAAUCUUGUACAAUGGAUUCUUCUUCUCUCCAGAACGAGAAUUCAUCACCGCUGCCAUUCCCGCCAGUCAAAAGACCGUCAACGGACUCGUCAGGCUCAGCUGCUACAAGGGCAACGUCACGAUUGAAGGACGUGACUCGGAUGAGGGUUUGUACGACGCCAAAUUCUCGUCCAUGGACGAAAUGGGAGGAUUCGAGCCUACCGCCACCACUGGAUUUAUCGAUAUCUCGAGCAUCCGAAUCAAGGCCUGGGCUCGAGCCAAGUGAGUCGAUCAAACGAGAGCGAUUGCUGACAUUGCUCAGCCAUGUGCGUGGUCAAGGAGGAGUCGGCAUCAAGGACGUCUAC